GGCCGCGGGAGGGAGCGCAGGGGCGCGGGGCGCGGGGCGCGGCGCGGGCGCGAGCGCAGCGAAGGAACGAGAGGGGCGCCGAGGGAUCCCGGCCCGGAGGCCUCUAGAGUCGAGCGCCGCCAGCCCGCCGGGGAGGAGAGGCCAGCCGCGGGCUGCUGCGGCCCGCGGGACCGUCCGGCGCGCGCGUGUGCGCCCGAGCUCCCCGGCCCGGCGCAGGAGCCGCCCCCAGGCGCAGCGGGCCGCCGGCGGGCAGGCAUGCCGCCGCUCCUGGCGCCCCUGCUUUGCCUGUCGCUGUUGCCCGCGCUCGACGCACGAGGCCUGCGAUGUUCCCAGCCCAGUGAGACCUGCUUGAAUGGCGGGAAGUGUGAAGUGUCCCCAAACGGCACGGAGGCCUGUGUCUGCAGCAGUGCCUUCGUGGGCCAGCGGUGCCAGGCACCCAACCCCUGCCUCAGUGCCCCCUGCAAGAACGCCGGGACGUGCCACGCAGUGGACCGCGGUGGUGCGGCGGACUAUACCUGCAGCUGCCGCCUGGGCUUCUCCGGGCCCCUUUGCCUGACGCCCCAAGACAACGCCUGCCUCGCCAACCCCUGCCGCCACGGUGGCACCUGUGACCUGCUCACACUCAGCGAGUACAAGUGCCGCUGCCCCCCGGGCUGGUCAGGGAAGACAUGUCAGCAGGCAGACCCAUGUGCCUCUAACCCCUGUGCCAACGGUGGCCAGUGCCUGCCCUUCGAGGCCUCGUACAUCUGCGGCUGCCCACCUGGCUUCCACGGCCCCACCUGCCGGCAGGAUGUCAAUGAAUGCAUCCAGAACCCCGGGCUCUGCCGCCAUGGUGGCACCUGUCACAACGAGGUCGGCUCCUACCGCUGUGCCUGCCGGGCCACCCAUGCUGGCCCCCACUGCGAGCUGCCCUACGUGCCCUGCAGCCCCUCACCCUGCCAGAACGGGGGCACCUGCCGCCCCACGGGGGACACGACCCACGAGUGCGCCUGCCUUCCAGGCUUCACUGGUCAGAACUGCGAGGAAAACGUUGACGACUGUCCAGGAAACAGCUGCAGGAAUGGAGGCGCCUGUGUGGACGGUGUGAACACGUACAACUGCCGCUGCCCUCCAGAGUGGACAGGCCAGUAUUGCACUGAGGACGUGGACGAGUGCCAGCUCAUGCCCAAUGCCUGCCAGAACGGCGGCACCUGCCACAACAGCCACGGCGGCUACAACUGCGUGUGCGUCAACGGCUGGACAGGCGAGGACUGCAGCGAGAACAUCGAUGACUGCGCCAGUGCUGCCUGCUUCCACGGCGCCACCUGCCAUGACCGCGUGGCCUCCUUCUAUUGCGAGUGCCCCCACGGCCGCACAGGUCUGCUCUGCCACCUCAACGAUGCCUGUAUCAGCAACCCCUGCAACGAGGGCUCCAACUGCGACACCAACCCCGUCAACGGCAAGGCCAUCUGCACCUGCCCCUCUGGGUACACGGGGCCGGCCUGCAGCCAGGACGUGGACGAGUGCUCACUGGGUGCCAACCCCUGUGAGCAUGCUGGCAAGUGCCUCAACACUCUGGGCUCCUUCGAGUGCCAGUGUCUGCAGGGCUACACCGGCCCACGCUGCGAGAUCGACGUCAACGAGUGCGUCUCCAGCCCGUGUCAGAAUGACGCCACCUGCCUGGACCAGAUCGGCGAGUUCCAGUGCAUCUGCAUGCCUGGCUACGAGGGCGUGCACUGCGAGGUGAACACAGAUGAGUGUGCCAGCAGCCCCUGCCUCCAGAACGGACGUUGCCUGGACAAAAUCAACGAGUUUGUGUGCGAGUGUCCCACCGGCUUCAGCGGGCACCUGUGCCAGUACGACGUGGACGAGUGUGCCAGCACACCCUGCAGGAACGGUGCCAAGUGCCUGGACGGGCCCAACACCUACACCUGCGUGUGCUCGGAAGGCUACACUGGGGCCCACUGUGAGGUGGACAUCGACGAGUGCCACCCCGACCCCUGCCACUACGGGUCCUGCCGUGACGGGGUGGCCGCCUUCACCUGCCUGUGCCAGCCAGGCUACACGGGCCACCACUGCGAGACCAACAUCAACGAGUGCCACAGCCAGCCCUGCCGCCACGGGGGCACCUGCCAGGACCGCGACAAUGCCUACGUCUGCCUCUGUCCAAAGGGGACCACAGGACCCAGCUGUGAGACCAACCUGGAUGACUGUGCCAGCAGCCCCUGCGACUCAGGCACGUGUCUGGACAAGCUCGACGGCUAUGAGUGCGCGUGCGAGCCAGGCUACACGGGGAGCAUGUGCAACAUCAACAUCGAUGAGUGUGCGGCCAGCCCCUGCCACAACGGGGGCACCUGCGAGGAUGGUGUCAACAGCUUCACCUGCCGCUGCCCCGAGGGCUACCAUGGCCCCACCUGCCUGUCCGAGGUCAACGAGUGCAACAGUAACCCCUGUGUCCACGGGGCCUGCCGGGACAGCCUCAAUGGGUACAAAUGCGAGUGUGACCCUGGGUGGAGUGGGGCAAACUGCGGUGUCAACAACAACGAGUGUGAGUCCAACCCCUGCGUCAACGGCGGCUCCUGCAGAGACAUGACCGGCGGCUACGUGUGCACCUGCCGCGAAGGCUUCAGUGGCCCCAACUGCCAGACCAAUAUCAACGAAUGCGCGUCCAACCCGUGUCUGAACCAGGGCACGUGCAUCGAUGGGGUGGCUGCAUACAAGUGCAUCUGCCCGCUGCCCUACACCGGAGCCCUGUGUGAGGUGGUGCUGGCCCCGUGUGCCCCCAGUCCCUGCAGAAACGGUGGCAAGUGCAGGGAGUCUGAAGACUACGAGAGCUUUUCCUGCAUCUGCCCCACAGGCUGGCAAGGGCAGACCUGCGAGGUGGACAUCAACGAGUGUGUGACGAGCCCAUGCCGCAACGGUGCCACCUGCCAGAACGCCAACGGCAGCUAUCGCUGCCACUGCCAGGCCGGCUACACUGGGCGCAACUGUGAGGUGGACAUCGAUGACUGCCGGCCGAACCCCUGCCACAAUGGUGGCUCCUGUACGGACGGCAUCAACACAGCCUUCUGCGACUGCCUGCCUGGCUUCCAGGGCCCCUUCUGCGAGGAGGACAUCAACGAGUGUGCCAGCAGCCCCUGCCGCCACGGGGGCAACUGCACCGACUGCGUGGACAGCUACACCUGCACCUGCCCCACGGGCUUCAGCGGGAUCCACUGUGAGAACAACACACCUGACUGCACGGAAAGCUCCUGCUUCAAUGGUGGCACCUGUGUGGAUGGCAUCAACUCCUUCACCUGCCUGUGUCCACCUGGCUUCACGGGCAGCUACUGCCAGCAUGAUGUUAAUGAGUGUGACUCACGGCCGUGUCUGCAUGGUGGCACCUGUCAGGACAGCUAUGGAGCCUACAGGUGCACCUGCCCACAGGGCUACACUGGCCUCAACUGCCAGAACCUCGUGCGGUGGUGCGACUCCUCGCCCUGUAAGAAUGGUGGCAAAUGCUGGCAGACCGACACCCUGUACCGCUGCGAGUGCCCCGGCGGCUGGACCGGCCUCUACUGCGACGUGCCCAGCGUUUCCUGCGAGGAGGCCGCCCGACAGCAGGGCGUCCACGUCACCCGCCUGUGCCGGCACGGAGGGCUCUGUGUGAACGCCAGCAAUACACACCACUGCCGCUGCCCAGCAGGCUACGCGGGCAGUUACUGUGAGGACCCAGUAGACGAGUGCUCCCCCAGCCCCUGCCAGAACGGGGCCACCUGCACUGACUACCCUGGUGGCUACUCCUGCGAGUGCGUGGCUGGCUAUCGUGGGGUGAACUGUUCCGAGGAGAUCAAUGAGUGCCUGUCCCAUCCGUGCCAGAACGGGGGCACCUGCAUCGACCUCAUCAACACCUACAAGUGUUCCUGUCCCCGGGGCACACAGGGCGUGCGCUGUGAGAUCGACGUGGAUGACUGCGACCCUCCCAUCGACCCCGUGUCCCGGGGCCCCCGGUGCUUCAACAGCGGCACCUGUGUGGACCAGCUGGGUGGCUACAGCUGUGCCUGCCCGCCUGGCUUUGUUGGGGAGCGCUGUGAGGGUGACGUGAACGAGUGCCUGUCCAACCCCUGCGACGCCCGUGGCACCCAGAGCUGUGUGCAGCGUGUCAACGACUUCCACUGCGAAUGUCGCGCCGGCCACACUGGGCGCCGCUGCGAGUCGGUCAUCAACGGCUGCAAAGGCAGGCCCUGCAGGAAUGGGGGCACCUGUGCCGUGGCCUCCAACACUGCCCGCGGAUUCAUCUGCAAGUGCCCAGCGGGCUUCGAGGGUGCCACGUGUGAGAACGACGCCCGUGCCUGCGGCAGCCUGCGAUGCCUCAACGGUGGCACCUGCAUCUCGGGUCCGCGCAGCCCCACCUGCCUGUGCCUGGGCCCUUUCACGGGCCCCGAGUGCCAGUUCCCAGCCAGCAGCCCCUGCAUGGGCGCCAACCCCUGCUACAACCAGGGCAGCUGCGAGCCCACACCCGAGAGCCCCUUCUACCGCUGCCUGUGCCCCGCCAGGUUCAACGGGCUGCUCUGCCACAUCCUGGACUACAGCUUUGGGGGCGGCGUGGGCCUGGACAUCCCCCCGCCGCAGAUCGAGGAGGCCUGCGGGCUCCCCGAGUGCCGUGCGGAGGCGGGUGACAAGGUGUGCAGCCCCCGGUGCAACAACCACGCAUGCGGCUGGGAUGGUGGCGACUGCUCGCUCGACUUCAACGACCCCUGGCAGAACUGCACGCAGUCGCUGCAGUGCUGGAAGUACUUCAGCAACGGGCGCUGCGACAGCCAGUGCAGCUCGGCCGGCUGCCUCUUCGAUGGCUUCGACUGCCAGCGCACGGAAGGCCAGUGCAACCCCCUGUACGACCAGUACUGCAGGGACCACUUCCGCGACGGGCACUGCGACCAGGGCUGCAACAGCGCCGAGUGCGAGUGGGACGGGCUGGACUGUGCGGAGCACGUGCCCGAGCGGCUGGCGGCUGGCACGCUUGUGCUGGUGGUGCUGACUCCGCCCGAGCAGCUGCGCAACCACUCCCUCCUCUUCCUGCGCGAGCUCAGCCGCCUGCUGCACACCAACGUGGUGUUCAAGCGCGACGCCCACGGCCGGCACAUGAUCUUCCCCUACUACGGCCGCGAGGAGGAGCUGCGCAAGCACCCCGUCCGGCGCUCCGUGGACGGCUGGGCCGCGCCCGGUGCCCUGCUCGGCCAGGUGAAGGCUGCACUGCUCCCGGGCCUCAGAGGCGGGCGCCGGCGCAGGGAGCUGGACCCCAUGGACAUCCGUGGGUCCAUCGUCUACCUGGAGAUCGACAACCGGCAGUGCAUCCAGUCGUCCUCACAGUGCUUCCAGAGCACCACAGAUGUGGCCGCCUUCCUGGGAGCGCUGGCCUCUCUGGGCAGCCUCAACAUCCCCUACAAGAUCGAGGCUGUGCAGAGUGAGACGGUGGAGCCCCCGCCAGCCCCGCAGCUGCACUUCAUGUACGUGGCCGUGGUCGCCUCCGUGCUGCUCUUCUUCGUGGGCUGCGGCGUGUUGCUCUCCCGCAAGCGCCGGCGGCAGCAUGGCCAACUCUGGUUCCCCGAGGGCUUCAAGGUGUCAGAGGCCAGCAAGAAGAAACGGCGGGAGCCCCUGGGCGAGGAUUCCGUUGGUCUCAAGCCCCUGAAGAACGCCUCGGAUGGAGCCCUCAUGGACGACAGCCAGAACGAGUGGGGCGACGAGGGCCUGGACGCCAAGAAGUUCCGGUUUGAGGAGCCAGUGGUUCUACCUGACCUGGAUGACCAGACGGACCACCGGCAGUGGACCCAGCAGCACCUGGACGCCGCCGACCUGCGUGUGCCUGCCACGGCCCCCACGCCACCCCAGGGCGAGGCUGACACCGACUGCAUGGACGUGAACGUCCGCGGGCCGGACGGCUUCACACCCCUCAUGAUCGCCUCCUGCAGCGGAGGGGGCCUGGAGACGGGCAACAGCGAGGAGGAGGAGGACGCGCCGGCCGUCAUCUCGGACUUCAUCUACCAGGGCGCCAGCCUGCACAACCAGACAGACCGCACCGGCGAGACCGCCCUGCACCUGGCUGCCCGCUACUCACGCUCUGAUGCCGCCAAACGCCUGCUGGAGGCCAGCGCCGACGCCAACAUCCAGGACAACAUGGGGCGCACCCCGCUGCAUGCGGCCGUCUCUGCCGACGCACAGGGCGUCUUCCAGAUUCUGAUCCGGAACCGAGCCACGGACCUGGAUGCCCGCAUGCAUGACGGCACGACGCCGCUGAUCCUGGCUGCCCGUCUGGCCGUGGAGGGCAUGCUGGAAGACCUCAUCAACUCACACGCCGACGUCAAUGCCGUGGAUGACCUGGGCAAGUCCGCCCUGCACUGGGCUGCUGCCGUGAAUAAUGUGGAGGCCGCCGUCGUGCUGCUAAAGAACGGGGCCAACAAAGACAUGCAGAACAACAAGGAGGAGACGCCCCUGUUCCUGGCUGCCCGGGAGGGCAGCUACGAGACCGCCAAGGUGCUUCUGGACCACUUCGCUAACCGGGACAUCACAGACCACAUGGACCGCCUGCCUCGUGACAUCGCACAGGAGCGCAUGCACCACGACAUCGUGCGGCUGCUGGACGAGUACAGCCUGGUGCGCAGCCCCCAGCUGCACAGUGCCACCCUAGGGGGUGCACCCACCCUGUCGCCCCCACUCUGCUCCCCCAACGGCUACCUGAGCAACCUCAAGCCGGCCGUGCAGGGCAAGAAGGCCCGCAAGCCCAGCACCAAGGGCCUGGCCUGUGGCAGCAAAGAGGCCAAGGACCUCAAGGCGCGGAGGAAGAAGGCCCAGGACGGCAAGGGCUGCCUGCUGGACACCGCGAGCGUGCUGUCACCCGUGGACUCCCUCGAGUCGCCGCAUGGCUACCUAUCAGAUGUGGCCUCACCACCUCUCCUGCCCUCCCCAUUCCAGCAGUCCCCGGCUGUGCCCCUCAACCACCUGCCCGGCAUGCCUGACGCCCACUUGGGUGUCAGCCACCUGAGUGUAGCAGCCAAGCCCGAGAUGGCAGCACUGGGUGGGGGCAGCCGGCUGGCCUUCGAGGUGGGGCCACCGCGCCUCUCCCACCUGCCCGUGGCCUCGAGUACCAGCACAGUCCUGGGUGCCAGCUCUGGGGCCAUGAAUUUCACCGUGGGUGGGGCCACAGGCUUGAACGGCCAGUGUGAGUGGCUCUCCCGGCUGCAGAAUGGUCUGGUACCAAAUCAGUACAACCCACUGCGAGGGAGCGUGGCACCGGGCACCCUGGGCUCGCAGGCCCCCACCCUCCAGCAUGGCCUGAUGGGCCCGCUGCACAGCGGUCUCUCCGCCACUGCCCUGUCCCAGAUGAUGAGCUAUCAGGCCUUGCCCAGUGCACGGCUAGCCACCCAGCCUCACCUGGUGCAGACGCAGCAGGUGCAGGUGCCCCAGCAAAGCCUGCAGCCGCCAAACAUCCAGCCCCAGCACAGCCUGCAGACGCAGCCACCCCAGCCGCACCUCGGCGUGAGCUCAGCUGCCAGCGGCCACCUGGGCCGAAGCUUCCUGGGCGGCGAGCCGAGCCAGGCAGAUGUGCAGCCCCUGGGCCCCAGUGGCCUGGCAGCGCACACCAUCCUGCCACAGGACAACCAGGUCCUGCCCACGUCCCUGCCAACCUCGCUGGCCCCGCCCAUGACCACUGCCCAGUUCCUGACGCCGCCCUCGCAGCACAGCUAUUCCUCGCCCGUGGACAACACCCCCAGCCACCAGCUGCAGGUGCCCGAGCACCCCUUCCUCACCCCGUCCCCUGAGUCCCCCGACCAGUGGUCCAGCUCCUCACCGCGCUCCAACAUCUCUGACUGGUCCGAGGGCAUCUCCAGCCCGCCCACCAGCAUGCAGUCCCAGACCAGCCACAUUCCGGAGGCCUUCAAGUAAAUGCGGCCGCCGGCGGGACCCGUGCCUCCUCUCCCAAGCCCUGCAGGCGUUGGCGUGUGCUCCGCCGAUGCCAGGACCCACCAAAGGAGCUUUUUUUAAGAAACAUGUUUUUAUACAAAAUAGGACAAGGAUUUUAAUUUUUUUUUUUAGUAUUUAUUUAUGUACUUUUAUUUUACACAGAAACACUGCCUUUUUAUUUAUAUGUACUGUUUUCUAUGGCGCCAGGUAGAAACUUUUAUCUGUUCCAAGAAAAACUAGUUCUCAGUCAUGAUUUUCCAAUUUAGGAUAAAGACACAUAUUUUUAAAAUAUAAACAAAGAUUCAUGAUUUAUAAAUGCCAAUUAUUUAUUGAUUUCUUUUUUUCAAAAUCGAAAAAGAAAUGUUGGAGAAGGGAGGUUUGAACCCACAUUACCCAGGAAGCUCCCAGGGCGCCCAGGCCCGCUGCCAUCUCCCCGGAUGCACCCCUGCCCGUGCGCCCAAUCCCGGAGCCCUCCUCCCAGCAUGGCCCACAUUUUAUGAGAUGUGUCUGGAGACAGUGAAAGCCUUCACACCUGGCCUAUGGAUUAAUUCGCAUCUGAAAUAGGAAAGUAAAAUGGGAAACGAUGUGGUUUAUGGUGGUUUUUGUUAAUGAUUAUUUUUGAAAAAUGUGCUCCCAGGGUUUACUGAGAGCACGUUUCAUGGUACCAGUCAUGAAUCUUUGUUUCAGGUUCAGUAUUAUGUAGUUGUCUGUUGGUCUUGCGAGUUCUUGUUCCUUCUGGAAGCUCCCCUGUCCCACCCGUGCCCCUACUUCCCUUCUUGAUACUUAAGCAUCACACAGAAUGAGAAGCCAGGUGUGGCCAUGUGGUGCCCACCGGAGAAAUCUCACCCUUUCCUGGGGAAGGAUACUGCCAGGGCCACCCAGCUGGAGUUCCCCGCAUCCACCUUGAGCAGCAUCUUCCAGGUUCAGUGGAAGAUGGACUGGCCCCAUGUGACCCGGGCUUAGCUCAUGGGACCUGACUGCUGACAGGUCCCAUUUUUAUAGGAGACCUGUUUUUGUCAGAGCAGCUGACAGUGAGGUUUUGGGACAACACAGCUGUGUCGGGUCUCAGUGCGUGGAGACCACUCAUCACCCCAGGGCCAGGGGUGGCUUGGUGGCACGCAGCCGAGGCAGUACCCUCAGGGCAUUGGGAGCCUGCUCUGGGCAACCCCUCCUGACUUAGGGGGUUGUGGGUCUGGGGAGCAGAUUCUGGCAAUAUCAAGUAUACGCCUGUGGCAAACUAAAUGUCUGUAAAUACAUUUUUAAAGGUGGAUUUUGUUUAAAAAAUCUGAGUGAACAAGUCUGUCGGGUCACGCUGACGAGGGACGGCAGACACGGCCCCACAGCCUGGGCCCCGCGGCCUGACCCGCAGCCGCAGAAGCGUAGCUCCUGAGAGCGACCCAGGAAAGGUUUGGCCUCCCGUGGGCUUGGGCAGGCGUCCGCCGCCAGGCAGCUUCUCCGGCUCUGCCUGGCGAUGUGCUGUGCCACCCCUGGUCGGUGUGACCAGACACGUCCUAGGGUGUUGAUUUUACUAUGUUUUGUAAAAUAGAGUGUAGUUUACAGAAAAAGGAAACUCUUUUUAAAAGUUAUCUACAUGCAAGACUAUAGGUGAUGAAAAUGAUGUAUUUUUUUUUCAUCUUUUUUUGUUAUUUGAUUUGCAAUAAAAAUGAUGCUGAUGGUCAUCCAGA